UUUUGAUGACUUAUUUCUUUUUGGGACUAGACUAAAUCUACGGUGGUCUAACUACAGUCACACUUUCUUCUUCCUCCUCGUCGCUUCCGUACAUCGAAUACUCUCAACCUCUGUGAUCUCAAGUGAAUCAGAUCAAAGAGAGAGAGCACUCUUUCGAAAGUUGGAGUGUGUAACUGACAACUAGAUUCUGAGUAAUCGUGAUUAGGUUUAAACUUAACUGAAUCGAAAAAUGGUAUUCAAGAGCAAGCUCUUCUUCUCCUCGAAGAAAUCCGGAUCCUCCAGCCCCGAUAGCUCCAACAGCCCCAGAUCCGUCGGCUCCAACUCUCCCUCACGAUCAGACAAGAAGAAACCUAAAUCCGCUUCCAAGGACGAAUCCCCAAUCCCUAAUCCGAGCUCCGCCGACGCUUCGAAGAAGAAUAAGGGAAAGCAACUUCCAUCUCCUCACUCAAUCGGUAAAUCGAACUUGUCUCCAAGCUCCGAUUCGAAGAAAGUAACCGUUGCGCAGGACGUGAAAGAAGGAGGACCUGCUUUCGUUUCGCCGAUCAUGGCUUCCUCUCUGGGAUUGAACCGGAUCAAGACGAGAUCCGGGCCGUUGCCGCGGGAAAGUGUUUUCAAUUUUAGGAACGAUGGAGAAACUACCAGUAAACUGUCUAAGAUGGUUACCAGUGGUGAUAGUAAGAAGAAGGAAGGUGGGAGUAUGAGUGAUCGUGAUGGCUUGUCUCCUGAUACUGGUCCAAUGAGGAGUGUCAGCCCUACGUUGCCGCCGCCGGCGGCAUCAGGAUCUCGAUUGCAGAAUGUAGCAUCAUCUUCGUCGUCAUCGGGAGCUAGUCGCUCUGUGGCAUCUGGACGUUCUGGACCUUUAAGAAAUUCAGAAUUCUGCACCCCUGAGAAUUCGUAUGAAUUGGAAAAUCCGAAAGAGUCAGAGUCACCGCGUUAUCAAGCCUUACUUCGUAUGACUAGUGCUCCGCGGAAGAGGUUUCCUGGUGACAUUAAAAGCUUUUCUCAUGAGCUGAACUCAAAAGGUGUACGGCCAUUUCCAUUGUGGAAGCCUCGUAGGUCGAAUAAUGUGGAGGAGAUAUUGGUUCUAAUUAGGGCGAAAUUUGAUAAAGCGAAGGAAGAAGUAAACUCUGACCUUGCGGUGUUUGCUGCUGACCUAGUGGGAGUUCUUGAGAAAAAUGCAGAAAGUCAUCCUGAGUGGGAGGAAACGUUUGAAGAUUUGUUGAUAUUGGCUCGCAGCUGUGCUAUGACUACUCCUGGAGAUUUCUGGCUUCAGUGUGAAGGCAUAGUUCAGGACUUGGAUGAUAAACGUCAAGAGCUACCUCCGGGAGUUCUCAAGCAGCUUCAUACUCGGAUGCUUUUUAUACUUACCAGAUGUACGAGAUUGCUUCAGUUUCAUAAGGAAAGUUGGGGAGAAGAGGAACAAGCUGUACAACUACGUCAGUCAAGAGUUUUGCAUUCUAUGGAAAAGUUACCUCCUACUGGAGCAGGGAGGAGUUCAAGUGCUGCAAAAUCCUUAAAGAUACCACCAUCCACCAAGAAAGCAUAUAGUCAAGAACAGCGUGGUUUGGAGUGGAAGGAGGACGCUGUUGUGCGCUCAGUUCCUCCUAUCUCUCCUCCCGAAAAUUAUGUUCUUAAGGAAUCUGAAUCUCCUGCAAACAUUGAUAGAAUGUCUUCCUGGAAGAAACUUCCAUCUCCAGCACUGAAAACUGUGAAAGAAGCGCCAGCAUCAGAAGAGCUGAAUGAUAUCAAAGUUGAACCUCCAAAUAUGGGUAGAAAACGACAACCUAGUGAUGAUACUGCUGUUUCUGUUCUAAACUGCCCGCCAGCUAAAGAUUCUCAUGAACAUUCGCCCAAGCAUCGGCACAAUAUUUCUUGGGAAUGUGAUGUUCUCUCUCCAAGGUUGAGUGAUUGGUCUCGGAGAGGGUCAGAAGACAUGCUUGACUGUCUCCCAGAGACUGAUAAUUCAGUUGUCAUGGAUGAUCUGAGAGCAGACGCCAUUCCGGGUGAUGAGCAAUCAAUUCCCUUUUUACUUUCUUGUCUUGAAGAUCUGAGGGUGGUCAUAGACCGCAGAAAGUUUGAUGCACUUACAGUAGAAACUUUUGGGACUCGCAUAGAAAAGUUAAUCCGGGAGAAAUAUCUGCAGAUCUGUGAGCUUAUGGAUGAUGAAAAAGUUGACCUAUCAAGCACUGUAAUUGAUGAAGAUGCUCCUUUAGAAGAUGAUGUUGCUCGAAACGUGCAUCCGCGGGAUCGCACAUCCAUAGAUGAUUUUGAGAUCAUAAAACCAAUAAGCCGGGGAGCUUUUGGGAGAGUUUUUUUGGCUAAAAAGAGAACGACAGGAGAUCUAUUUGCAAUCAAGGUUUUGAAAAAGGCAGAUAUGAUCCGCAAGAAUGCUGUUGAAAGUAUACUUGCCGAACGUGACAUUUUGAUUAAUGUCCGCAAUCCCUUUGUGGUUCGUUUCUUCUAUUCUUUCACAGAUCGUGACAACCUGUAUCUGGUGAUGGAGUAUUUGAAUGGAGGGGAUCUGUAUUCGUUGUUGAGAAAUUUAGGUUGCUUAGAGGAAGAUAUUGUCCGUGUAUAUAUUGCGGAAGUUGUCCUUGCUUUGGAAUAUUUGCAUUCUGAGGGUGUUGUUCACCGUGAUGUGAAGCCUGAUAAUUUGUUGAUUGCGCAUGAUGGUCAUAUUAAGUUGACAGAUUUUGGACUGUCAAAAGUUGGUCUAAUCAACAGCACUGAUGAUCUAUCUGGUCCUGGGACAUCUCUGCUUGAUGAGGAGGAAUCACGAUUACCGACUUCGGAGCAUCAGCUUGAAAGGCGCAAGAAACGGUCUGCUGUGGGUACUCCUGACUACUUAGCACCAGAAAUCCUUUUAGGGACAGGACAUGGUGCAACUGCGGAUUGGUGGUCUGUUGGCAUCAUUCUGUUUGAACUCAUUGUGGGAAUUCCACCCUUCAAUGCGGAACAUCCUCAGCAAAUAUUUGACAAUAUUCUCAAUCGUAACAUACCAUGGCCUCAUGUCCCUGAAGAAAUGAGUGCUGAAGCACAUGAUAUUAUAGACCGAUUUUUAACAGAAGACCCUCACCUCAGACUUGGAGCAAGAGGGGCUGCUGAGGUCAAGCAGCACAGCUUCUUUAAAGACAUCAACUGGGAUACACUAGCGAGGCAAAAGGCUGCAUUUGUUCCAGAUUCAGAGAGUGCAAUUGACACUAGUUACUUCAGAAGUCGCUAUUCAUGGAACACAUCGGAUGAGCAAUUUUUCCCAUCCGGUGAGGUUGAAGAUUAUAGCGAUGCUGAUACCUUGAGUGGUAGUAGUGGUUGCUCGAGCAAUGGCCAUGAGGAAGGAGAGGUUGAAGAAAGCGACGGGCAAGCAGAGUUUGAGUCUGGCGUGCCUGUAGAUUACUCUUUCAGUAAUUUCUCGUUUAAGAACCUAUCGCAGUUGGCAUCAAUCAACUACGAUCUUCUAUCUAAAGGCUGGAAAGAUGAGCCACAACCAAACUCUCGUCAAAAGUGAUACUAGUACUCUGUUUUCUUAGUCAAGCCAAUGUCCAUGAAACAUGAAGAUGAGAAUGCAAAGUACAUAUAUAUUAUUAAAAAUCAGACAUUUGAAGAUCAAAAACAUUUUGACAAAAAUCAAGAGAUGCCACUCAAAGCUUUUUAUGUUACAGUGAACUAGAAUCAGUUAAAUUUAUUAUGUCUACAAAAGAGAAAAGAGGAGACAAGGGAUAUUAAACA